CUGAAAUUUGUUAUUUGUGGAAAGAGAUGUAAUUCUAAAACAAAAUGGCUGCAGUGGAAGACGAUGAGUUUCUAGAUGAAGAACCGAUAGAUAUAUUUAUAAGUUUUCCACCUGAAGUUCAGAAUGCUAUUGAACAGGUACUUCCAAGUAAUGAUCCUCUUGACCAACCCGAUUUUAAUGCUGUUGACUAUAUAAAUACUCUGUUUCCAACCGAGCAGUCUCUUUCCAAUAUUGAUGAUGUGGUCAACAACAUGGAAUGUAAGAUUCGUACCAUCGAUGAUGAAAUUCGGACUGUCGUUCGAGGACAGACAAAUGUUGGACAGGAUGGACGCGCAGCCUUGGAAGAGGCCCAGCGGGUUAUUCGUCAGUUAUUCGUGCAUAUCGCAGACAUCAAGGCGAAAGCAGAACAGUCAGAGGAGAUGGUGAAAGAAAUCACACGUGACAUCAAACAGUUAGAUUGCGCCAAGCGAAAUCUGACUGCAGCAAUCACGACGCUGAACCAUCUCCACAUGCUGGUGGGUGGUGUGGAUAGCUUGCAAAUGCUUACAAAGAAGCGCCAAUAUGGUGAGAUCGUGAUGCCUCUUCAAGCGGUCAUGGAAGUAAUGAAACACUUUCACAACUAUAUGGGCAUUCCACAGAUAAAACAACUUGCACAUCAGGUUCAUCAGAUUCAUCUGGAACUUGCUCAGCAGAUAACUUCAGAUUUCCACGAAGCUUUCUCUGGACCAAAUGCCAAGCACUUUACUCCUAACAAGCAACUGGCAGAAGCUUGUCUUGUGGUGUCUGUGCUCGAUCCGAGAGUCAAGCGUGAUUUGUUAAAAUGGUUCAUCGGUCUUCAGCUUGCGGAAUACUGCCACCUGUUUCAAGAAACUCAAGAUACAGCUUGGCUCGAUAAAAUUUAUCAACGAUAUAAUUGGAUCAAGAGACAUUUGUUGGAUUUUGAGGACAAAUUUGGACCUAUGUUCCCACCAGGUUGGGAGGUCUCAGAGAGGAUUGCGGUGGAAUUCUGUCACAUUACUAGGUCUGAAUUGUCGAAGCUUAUGUCAAAACGCAAAUCAGAAUUGGAUGUGAAGCUGUUACUUUAUUCAAUUGAGCGUACUAGCAGAUUUGAGGGUCUUCUGGCUCAACGUUUUACUGGCGUAACAUUGGAGGAUUCUCCAGAACAUCCGAGCUCUUUGGAAAGCGGGAAACCUCAGGCAUCACAAUCGACAAACCCAUUUGAGAGUUCAGAAUCUGAUGGAAAAUCUACAAACCCAUUUGAUGGAGAUACGGAAAACGCCGACGAACAAAAUUCUUCACAGAUACCAGCAAAACCUAAACUUUUACCUUUCCAUGGUAUAAUUGGAAAAUGCUUUGAACCGUACUUGUACAUAUAUAUUGAAAGUUUAGACAGAAAUUUAGCAGAUUUGAUAGAGAGAUUCGUACACGAUGCUAAGCAGCAGCAGUCGAGCACAGCUGCCAGUCUCCCAUCUGAGAUUUCUGGAAUGGUUCUGUCAUCGUCUGCUGACCUCUUUGUGUUUUACAAGAAGUUCAUGGCACAAUGCGCACAGCUCAGUACAGGACAGCCGAUGCUAGGUCUCGCUGCCACAUUCCAGCACCAUCUUCGAGAGUAUGCCGUUAAAUUACUUCAAAACAACUUACCGAAGAUUACGACUUCUGGAUCGCUGGGAAGUAGCAUGUCGAGUAUAACUCGAGAUUUGCGUGACCUCUCGACAUCAGGACUUAUACAGAAUUUUCAUAGUCUCUUGAAAGAAGGAGAAGUGACGCGAUACACUCGUGAGGAACAGGCUCGUGUUUGCAGUAUUCUGACGACAGCCGAGUACUGCCUGGAGACAACACAACAGUUGGAAGAGAAGCUGAAAGAGAAGGUGGAUGCGCACCUGGCGGACAGAAUCAACCUCUCCCAAGAGCAGGACAUUUUUCACAAUGUUAUUUCAAAUUGCAUUCAGUUGUUGGUCCAGGAUCUGGAAACAGCUUGUGAACCUGCCCUCACAGCGAUGAGCAAGAUUUCGUGGCAGAACAUUGAGACCGUGGGAGAUCAAAGUGGCUACGUCACAGCCGUCACUUCUCACUUGAAGCAGACCGUACCAGUUAUUCGAGACAACCUCGCCUCCUCUCGGAAGUACUUCACCCAGUUCUGCGUAAAGUUUGCAAAUUCGUUUAUACCAAAGUUCAUUCAGCACAUCUAUAAAUGUAAGCCAAUUAGCACAGUUGGGGCUGAACAACUGUUGUUGGACACACACAUGCUGAAAACCGUUCUUCUCGACUUGCCGUCUAUUGGCUCUCAGGUGAAUCGCAAGGCUCCAGCCAGCUACACGAAGAUCGUGGUGAAAGGGAUGACUAAGGCAGAAAUGAUUUUGAAAGUUGUGAUGGCUCCGACAGAUCCAGCAAAGGCAUUUGCUGAUCAGUUCGCGAAACUCUUGCCCGAGGCAGACCCGUCAGAGUUCCAGAAAGUACUCGAUAUGAAGGGUCUGAGACGGAGUGAUCAGAGCUAUCUAGUGGACCUCUUCCGGUUGCAGCUUCGUACUCCUUCUGAAACCAAUUCUGGUGGCACGACUACAGGAGGCCUAGCCCCGUUUAAUGCUUCUUUAAGUAGUCCAGAGCACGAGUCAAGUCGCAUCAAGAAACUGGAGAAGUUGAUCAAGAAACGACUUUAAAGUUCCUCAGACGUAAUGAAGCUGUUGGUUCAAAAAGGUCGUGCGAGCAGGCAUUCCUCUGACUGUUACGUACUGAGCGUAGCUGUAGAAGAUCUGAAGCUUUCACGGCGACCGAGUAUAAUUCUUCUAGGGCUUAACGAAGAAGAAGCGUCUUCGUCCUCGUACCCCGAGGCCACCUUACGCGGUUUGGAGCUUGAGAACAAUUUAUUAUACGGUGGUCUAGCGGUCAGAACUCUGGGCUUGUCUGGGGUCCCGGCUUCAAUUCCCGGUGGUGCCCGGAUUUAUAACUUGUGUUGGGCAAGGCCGUGGUCCAGGUAUCACGGGGUUUUCCUCCGUGGCAUCCCAAUUA